AGUGCGAAGAAUUCGGUCUUUUUCACCAUGCGGCCGGUGCCAAUCAAAGCUGCCCAGAUGGCCCGGAUAGCGGUUCCCAUAAAGGGCAAUCGGUAGCAAGGCGAAUGGGCCCGCGGUAACGAUCUCGAUAUGCAUAGUGCAAAUUCGUCACGCGUUCUUAAGGCGCGAUCGACGCCGAUCGCGGUGACCGGUAAAGAAGCUGUAACUGAAGGUCAAUUCUUCACGGACUGUUGAAGGGGUGUGAUGAGCCAGAAGCUGCUGGUGCAGGAAGCGCCUGGCUCCGGUUCCACCUCGACGAAUCGUAUGGAAGGCGGCGAAGGCGCCGGAGGGGGGGAGCUGCACCACUUCCUCCAGUACAACCAGCAGUCCCACAGUCCCGGCCAGAGCCUGCAGGGACUCCCGCUUUCGAUCAGCCCGCAGCCCCUGCGACACGACGGUGCCUCGAGCGCCGGCAUCGUCGGCGUCAAGAGGGAACCGGAGGAUCUCAGUUCGUCGCGUGGGGGUCAGCAGUCCGGCAAACGGCACAAACAGACACAGCCGGAGAGUCCCACACCGCCGGGAAUGUACCAUCAUCAUCAGCAUCAGUUGCAGGUACAGCAGUACGGCAGCCCUUAUGACCCCUACACGUCGUGCAGUCCGAGGUUGCAGUCAACCGCGUACACGUCCACGUCAGCGACCGGGACCGGGAAUGCAACAGCGAAUCCAGGAAGCGGCCUCCAUCAGGAGCCGACGACGGUCUACGUCACCGGCGAAACGCUACCGCCGCUCGCCUCGUCGAGCUCCGCUUCCUCGCUGUCCACCACAACUGCUUCGUACACGAGGUACGAGGUUGUGCCGAGCUCAUACGCUACGACACACGCGAUACGCUCGUCGUCGAGUAGCAGCAAAGUCCUGACUGUUGAUCUUCCCAGUCCCGACUCGGGUAUAGGCGCGGACGCGGUGACACCCAGGCAAGACCAUCAUCCGACCACGGCUCUUCAUCAGUCCUCGUUCGACUACACAGAAUUAUGCCCCGGCGGGACCACGGCCGGGACGGCGGUGGUCCUUGAGACUGGCACGGUGUUGCACCAACCCCUGCAACUACAACUGCAACAGGGCCACUCGCAAGGGCAGGUGCAGCGCGGCAAUCUGGUGUCGGGUGCGACAAAUUCUAAUCCGAAUCCGCAGAGGUCCCGACCUUGGCAUGAUUUCGGUAGGCAGAACGACGCUGACAAAAUCCAGAUACAGAAAGUUUAUUCGAAUUACGGAUUUAAGUACCACCUGGAGUCGCCGAUCAGCACGUCGCAGCGCCGCGAGGACGACAGAAUAACGUACAUCAACAAGGGUCAGUUCUAUGGAAUCACGUUGGAAUACGUGCCCGAUCCGGACAAGCCGCUCAUCAAGUCAGGGCAGACAGUCAAGAGCGUGGUGAUGUUGAUGUUCCGGGAGGAGAAAAGCCCAGAGGAUGAGAUCAAGUCGUGGCAGUUUUGGCAUGGUAGACAACAUUCUGUCAAGCAACGGAUUCUCGAUGCCGACACAAAGAACAGCGUCGGCCUGGUGGGCUGCAUAGAGGAAAUCGCGCACAAUGCGAUUGCCGUUUACUGGAACCCAAUCGAAUCGUCGGCGAAGAUAAACGUUGCGGUGCAGUGUCUCAGUACCGAUUUCUCGAGUCAGAAAGGCGUGAAGGGCUUGCCGCUGCAUAUCCAGAUCGACACGUACGAGGAGUACGUGUCCCAAACGCACACGUACACGCCGCCUUCCCAUCGCGGCUACUGUCAAAUUAAGGUCUUCUGCGAUAAGGGAGCGGAGAGGAAGACCCGGGACGAGGAGAGACGCGCGGCUAAGAGGAAGAUGUCGACGACCGGCAGAAAAAAGCUCGAUGAGCUUUAUCACCCCGUCACGGAGCGCAGCGAGUUUUACUCCAUGGUCGACGUACACAAGCCGCCUGUACUGUUCUCUCCGCCGGCCGAGCACGCCAUCGAUAAGGUAAUCCACGUCGUUUCUUUUUCGUGCGUUACUCAAAUAAGAAACGGCGUUGUCCGCAAUGACGCGCUGCGUUCUCCAAGAGAUACGGUAUUAAAUUUAAUAAUUGCACGAAAGACAUUAUUUUAUUACGAAAUUAAGUAUAAUAUAAACUUUUCGACGAUGGAGUUGUCGGGCUUCUACGGUGGUGGCGGCGGCGGCGGCGGGGGCGGGGGUGACACCGACACCUCAUCUCUCAGUAACGGUGAAGGUGGAGGAUUGAAGGCGGCAGGGGGCAGCAGCCCCUAUCCGGCGGCAUGCGGGCGGCCGAGUCUGCCAGCCCUCAAGUUCCACAACCACUUUCCGCCCGACAAUCUCAGUAACCUGCACGACAAGAAGGACUCGUUGCUGAUGCAGGUGCAGGAGCUGCAGGGCUCGGUGCUGCAGGGGGUGCAACAGACUGGUCUGGCGGGCGCGGUGGUUUCCAGCGUUGGGAAUCGACUGCACCUGCAGCAGCAAGCCUCGCAUCUGCGUCCGACGGACGCCGAGGAGCGCGUCAUGCUCUACGUGCGUCAGGAGUCGGAGGAUGUCUACACGCCAUUGCACGUGACGCCGCCGACGGUCCAGGGACUGCUGAACGCUAUUGAGUCAAAGUACAAAAUUGCAUCCUCGAGUAUUAAUAAUCUCUAUCGCAAAAACACAAAGGGAAUUACAGCGAAAAUUGACGACGAUAUGAUGCGAUAUUACGUCGACGAGGACUUUUUCCUGUUGGAAGUGAGUCACUCGCGGAUCAAUCAGGACAGCGAGCGCAACCUGAACAAUCCAGGUUCGCCGGGCGAUCCUAGUGAUCCGGGUGAUUCUCCCGCCGGAUACGACGUCACCCUCAUCGAACUACCCACGUCGUCAUCGCACUCACCUCUUGCCAAUUCCACGCAUGCACACGGGCACGUUCACGACAACAGUAACACCUGAACCCGGACGAGAGACGUUUUCUUGUUGUAUAAGUAUGCUGUACAAACUUGACAAAGACUGACCGUUCGGGGGAAUGAAGGAUCAGCAACAUCUCGCGUCGAAUAAUGAUGAUUGCUACAUGAGCCACGAAUUUUCUCGCACCACGUUGAAGAUUCUUGUAUAGCUUAGUCGAUGAUGUACUUGCCAAGGAUGUUCGUCGAGAGAGACAAGCAUCGUGUUAAUUAUCUUUCAGCAAGGACAACUCGAGAAGAGUCAUACAAGAGGAUAUAUCUGAAGAUUAUCGAAUUUUCACCGUGAUAGAAGAAUCGGCAACCGUAGAACUCUGACUGUAUAAUCGUAGUAUAAUAUCAGUCGAAGCCUAUACGUUGACAGACUAAUGUUUCUUGACAAAGGUUUGUUACAUUUUUAAUGAAUGUUUCACUGAUCUUUCUAUGAGACUUCAACCCUUUCGCGAUCAGUGGAAUAUGUUUACUUUUAAAGAAUUUAUCAAACAUUUUAAAAUAUUUGAAAAAUCAUACCUUUGAUAGCUAUUCAGUUAAGAUCAUAUGCAGGAUCCUCUUAAAGAGGAUUGUUUAAACUUUAAUAAAGAGUACUACAGUAUAUAUUAGUAAGAAAUUUAGAAAUGUAAUGUAAAUGAAAUAUGGAUUUGUAAGACGAAUCCAUUCCUUCACUCAUAACUCUCUACUUUCCAAUCAACUUUUAAAACUGAGGCAUGCGUGGGGAUCUAGAUCAUACUUGGAAUACAAAAAGAUUAUCUACGUAGUAAGAUCUGAAAGUUUUCGGAUUAAUCGUGAAAAGUGUACACUGUUACUUUGUGCGAAAAUUAUUUAAUAUCAGGAAAUAUUAUAGUAAGACUUCUAAGAUUCCGAUAAUUAAAUUUAAUACAAUAUUUAUAUGUGUA